GGGAAGGAAGGCGCUUCAGCAGGAUGGCUCGCACCAAGCAGACCGCGCGGAAGUCGACGGGAGGCAAGGCUCCACGCAAGCAGUUGGCCACCAAGGUGGCUCGCAAGAGUGCACCGGCCACGGGCGGCGUGAAGAAGCCGCACCGGUACCACCCUGGUACGGUGGCGCUGCGCGAGAUCCGCCGCUACCAGAAGUCGACAGAGCUGCUGAUCCGCAAGCUGCCGUUCCAGCGCUUGGUGCGUGAGAUCGCCCAGGACUUCAAGACGGACCUGCGCUUCCAGAGCUCGGCCGUGAUGGCGCUGCAGGAGGCCUGCGAGUCCUACCUCGUGGGGCUCUUCGAAGACACCAACCUGUGCGCCAUCCACGCCAAGCGGGUGACCAUCAUGCCGAAGGACAUCCAGCUGGCUCGUCGCAUCCGCGGAGAGCGGGCCUAGACCUCGCAGGCUCCUCAUCCUUGCGCUGCCACCGACCCAAAGGCUCUUUUCAGAGCCACCCACUAAGUCUGAAGAAGUGGUUGUAACCUUCCA